AUGCCUGAUGAUCGCUUCUAUGACCUGUUUAGAGCAUUUGAAAUGUACUGUUCUCAUCAGGCAGGUGAUGAUAUAUUCACGGAUCAACAAGAGGAACGAUGGAUAUCAGAGCACAACAUAGUUACCUUUCUCAGAGCACAGGCUGAGAUGAUCGAAAAAACGGGCCAAAGUAGUAUACAUCCUACUGUGAUGCACAACUACUUGCGUGAAUUAGAACAAUGUGUACCUGAUAUUCCUUACAUUCAUCAAAUGAAGUAUUUGAAUUAUGCUUUGUCCAAGGAACAUGUUCAAUCAUUGUAUCACUUACACAACUAUUUUGAUUCAUCUGUUAAUCAAGGAGUUGAGAUUCAAUACGCUUUGCUUAACCUUGGCAUCUUGGAAUACAAGUUUGGUCACUUUUCUGAUGCACUAUUUGCCUUUAAUGAUGCUCUAACAGCGGCAAGGAAAAAUAAGGAUGAAUACUGUCUGCAAGAAAUUCAAUAUUGGAUAGAAACAUGUCGAAAAAAUCAUUACUUUCAAGGCAGCAGUUCCUUUACAAAUGAUUACUUGAACAACAUGAAAGCAUUGACUCUUGCACGUGAUAUGAUUUGCAGGGGUGACUCAAAUAGACAUAUCUUUGAGAUAUUAUACAAGACAUCUAUUAAUAUCAUCAUGAAAGAUAUCGAACAGAUGGAUCGUGUACAGUGCCUUAUCACUGCCCUAGCAUGGCUUCGUUGUGGUAACAGCACACUCGUAUCAUCUUACUUGGAACUAGCCAAGAGCGUAAAAGAUAGUCGCAUUGAAGAUAUUGAAAAGACGGUUCUUUUAAAUGCAAAAAUGGUAUUUUACACAGACUUGCUUGAAUUAGCCGGCGAGUCCGAAAUGGCAAUUGGCCUGAUAGACAUGUUUACAAGACAGUAUCCUAAAGAAAGUGUACUAUUAAUGGAUUGGAAAAUGACACGGGCCAGCCUUCUUAACCAGACGCAUAAUAAAAAAAGAAAAUACUUGGAUAUACAAUCUGGAUUACUAUAUUCAACACUAGGACCUAAUUCAGACGAGUAUCUGAAUGGGAUAUAUAAAAAUGUUCAAACGUUAGUUGAUAAUAGAGAAUUUGAAAGCGCUCUUGACAUAUUAGACUGCAUCCAGGAUCAAAUACAGAAAAGGGACAAUGCCUCUGGCUUGGAUACUGUGUUGAUUAUGAAAGCAGAGACGUACAUACAAAUGGGAUAUCAUAAUGGAGCUAUACCCAUCUUACAGAAGGCGAUGACGCAAAGCAAGUUAGCUUACAAUACAAAAAACUUUUAUAUCGCUGUUAUCAAGUUAGUAAGAAUAUAUAUUCGAUCAAAGAAUGCAGAAUUAAAAAAAAAGGCGAUCCUCAUGCUUGAGCACAUUUUUCCCAAGGUAAAUGCGCGUAUAAAGGUCGAAUGGUCUUAUUAA